AUGAGAAAAAGGAGAGCAAGAUUAAAAGAAGAUGCAGAAGUGUAUGAAGACUAUAGAUCAAAAGAAAGAAAAAGAUUACAGAAUUUAAGAAAGAAUUUAUCCCCUGAACAAAUCGCUAAAAAUAGAGAAGCAUCAAGACUAAGAAUGGUGAAGAUGAGACAGAUAAGAAAACAAAAUUGUAAGGAAAACGAAACCAAUAAUACAAACUUAGUUCGAAAAACUAGAUUAAGUACUGAUCAACAGCAGAAACAGAGAGAAUCAUGGAAACUGAAGAAAAGAGAGCAAAGGUUGAAUAUGUCAUUCCAAAAGAAAAGGAGAAUAAGGGAAAAGGAUGCUAAGGAAAAGAAGUGUAAAAGAGCCUUGUUGCAGGAGAAGAAUUCAACAGAAGAUUACUGUAGUUCUAAUGAUAACUUAGCAUUUCCUUCAGAUGCAGCAAAACGACAAGCUUUAUGCCGUGUUAAAUCCAGCUUCCCAAAAAAAUCUUCUGUAAGAUAUGCUGUUGUAGUGGCAAAUCUGAUAAAAACGGCUAGUCCCAAAAAAGUUGCAGCUUUGAAGGAACAUGGUGUUGAAGUCAAACAACAGGAUCAAGAUAUUCUAGCCUGUGUUAGGAAAUCGCUUAAAACAGUUAAAAGAAGUACCAAAAGGCAGUUUGUAAGCAAUAUAGCUUCAAUACUUGACCAAAAACAUGGAUUGAAAAAGAAAGCAUCCAAAUGUUUAGGUAUUUCCUGGAAUUUUUUAAUGAAAUACUCCAAACUGAAGAAAAAGAAUGCAGAUGUGGACCAAAGAAAAAAACGUUCAGAUGCCACACCAGCUAGUACAAUUGAUGCAAUUCAUGAUCACUAUGAAAGGCCUGAUAUGUCAACCAUAUUACCAAACCGCAAGAGUAUUGCCCAGGGUCAACCUAAACAUGUUCUUCAACGGUCCGUUGAAGCCACUUUCAAGUCAUUCACAAACGAUAACCCAUCACUUAAAAUAUCAGAAAGCACCUUUAAUAAAUUACGCCCUAAACACAUCCUACUGCAGUCUAAAUCCAAAUUUUAUCAAUGUCUAUGUGAACCAUGCACCAAUAUUGACCUGAAAUUAAAAGUACUCAACCAUGAAGUCUACCAAUGCCAAUCAACCUCCUGCUCCAUAAGAGACAGAUACCAUGCCACAGAUUUGACACUAUGCCCCAAAGAUCAAAAUCCUCAUGCAAAACUGGAGUGUAUUGAUCGGAAAUGUGAAAUUUGUGACGUAGAUUUGUUAGAUCACUAUUUGCAACCACUAUUGAAUGUGAGUGGAGAUAAAGAUGUAUCCUGGGAGUAUUGGGGACAGGCAACGUAUGGUAACGAAGGUAAAAAGAGAGUAGCUCUUCUACGAUCAUCAGGGACAGUAAAACAACUGGUAGACCAAUUAAAAGAAGAAUUGAUUUCAUUGUCGACGCAUUUAUUCAUAGCCAGGUGGCAACAGAAUGUAUUUUACACCAUAACAAAAAACCCACCAACCAACAGUAUUGUUAUGGUCAUGGACUUUGCCGAAAACUAUCUUUGUGUAAUGCAAAACGAGGCCCAAAGUGCACAUUGGUAUCAGAUGCAGGUCAAAGAAAUUAAUGAAAAUGGUUAUUACCUUCUCCAAUACAUGGAGAAAGUUAAAGAUAAUGUUUAUAAAUGGCCCAUCAAUGUUGAUGUUUCAACGGAAUCUCCUACCAGUAUUGUAAGGCAGUUGCCUCUACCAAUCUUAUUAGAACAUAGGAGCAAUACCAGAAUUCAGUUUUAUUCCUUUUAA